AUGAUGAAUAACUUUACAUAUUAUAGUGAUAGUGGAUGGGAAAUGUAUUAUCCAUUUUUUGGAAUGAUGAACAAGGACCAACUUGACAGUAUGCUAAAUAAUAUUGAUAUAACUUCACAAGUAUUACUCACAUUUUUAAAAGAAAGAGGUUAUAGAAGUAUUAACAGUAAUGAAUUACAGAGAGAACUUACUAGUGUUGUACAAAGAAUGUUUAUUUUAGAAAAUGAAUGGGAGUAUUGGAUCAAUGUAUUGUAUGAAUGUUGUGCUAUCAUCAAUUUAUAUGAUUCAACAUAUGAUAAUCAAUAUUUUUACAGUUAUUUUAUAGGACUUAUUAAAUCUCAAGAAGAAAGAAUGAAUGAAGGAAUGGAAAUAUUUUUAAGAAACAAUAGAAUUGAAGAAAAAGUAUGGAAGGUUAUUGAAAAAUAUUUUAUGAUAAUAUACUUUAUUAAUUAUGAUAGUGGUAAUUAUAAUAUUCAUAUUACAGAUGAUAGUUAUUAUAAAAUUUGUAAAAUGAUUCAAAGUUUUGGGGAAGGGGAUAAAUGUUUAUAUUUACAAAUUUUUAGUAAGAAGAAAAUUUCAAGAACAUUAAGUCAAAAUGAAGAGUAUGGAAAUAUUAGUAUAAUAUAUAAUGUGAUUAAAACAAAUAAAGUAUGUGAUGAAUAUACUUACAAUAAAAUUUUAAUUAAUUGCUUUGAACAAUAUAUUGAUACUGAUGGCUAUUCAUUGUUUAUAGAAACCAAUAAAAUCAGUUAUUUUGGUAUUUACUUAGCUUAUUUACAAAUGAAAAAAAUUCUAAUGGAUAAAAAAGAAUUAAUUAAAGUAAUUAAAGGAGAAUUAAAGUCUAAAGUAUUAGACUAUAAUAUAAAUGGAAUUACAGUAUUAAGACAAAUAAUAUUUGAUAAAAAGAGUUGUCAUGAGUUACGUAUUAAACCAGGAAUGGAAGACCUUUAUAAAGGAUAUGUUAAAUUAGUAGAAAAAUAUCAAAACAAAGGUAUUAAAGAAGAUAUUGAUAUUGUUAAUAUUAUGAAGAAGUCUAGAGUAACACGUCAACAUUCUCAUAGUAAAACUAAAGUUAUUAAAACAGUUCCAAGUGAAGAAACAAUGAUGAUUUAUAAUUGUCUUGAUAGUAUAUUAAAUAAAAAGUAUAAUAAAAAAGUACUACAACAAAUUAUUACAUUCUUUUGUUCAAAAAGAUCUGAAGACAUUUAUAAGAUGAUAAUAACAACUAUAAAUGAAAAUGGAUGGAGUGGAGAACAAUAUGAUAUUAUGAAAGAAUUUAUUGAAAACUAUAAAACAAUAUUUCCGUAUGAAGUAUAUGAAAGUCUAAUAAAAGUAUUAGAUGAUACCCAAAAAUCUAAAAUAUUAUUAAUUAAAAUAAAUAGUUGUAAUGAAUAUAAAAUUGAAAUUUUAAUGUCACUGAUGUUUAAUCAAUGGUUUUGGACAGAAAUUGAAAAAUUUAGUUAUUUUCAAAAUAAUUUUACUCGCCAAUUAGCACAAACAAUUCAAAAGGUAUGUCUUAUGACUGAUAAUAUUUCAAUUAUUGAAAAAGGGAUUUGUAUAACUACUGCGUUUUAUAAAGAAGAUGAAAGUAUUUUAGAAUAUAUUAAAAAGUAUAAAAGGAUACAAGGAACAGAUAUUGUCAAAACUGUUGAAGAAAUUGAAGAAGAUUAUAGAAAACAAGAAAGUAAAGAAAUUGGGAUAGGACUUCCAAGAAAAUAUCCAUUGAUGUGUAUUGAUAGAAAAGAACGGUAUUUUAUUAUUAAAUGUCAAGGAACAAUUGUAUCUGAUCAAAAGUUAAUGACUGAGAUAUUAUUAAAGCCAAUUAGUAAAAAAGUUAUGGGUUAUUUAUUAUUAUUUCCAAGACUUAAAAUAAAUUAUCACAGUUUUUAUAAUAAGUUAUAUAACAAUAAAUAUAAUAAUACAUUCCUUUUAUUAAACUGUCUUGCUUGUGAUGAUACUAACUAUCCAAGAAACUGUGAAUUUAUGGAUGAAAUUAAAAUUAUUAAAACAUUUGUAAUGGAAGAGAUGGAUAGUAAAAAGGAAAUACUAAAAAUUAGUUCAACACAACAAAAAGAUAUUUUAAAAUCAAGUACUGACUAUAAAAAUCCUUGUACUAGAAAAAUAAAAGAAGAUACUUAUGAUAGUGCAACAUAUAACUAUAGUAGUGUUAAUCGCUUAAUUUAUGAUUCUAUAAAUGAAGAGAUUAAAUCUACUAUUCCUAAUAUUAUUGAAAGAGGCGACUCUAUUAAAAGACUUCUUAUGCUGAUUGAGAGGAAAUUAAUAAGCCAAGAAAAUAAAGAUAGUCUUAUGAAUGAAAUGGAUAAUAUUAUUCAUUAUUGUUUUGAUUUAAAAAAAAUUAGUAAAACAUCCGAACAAAAAAGUAAAAGAAAACAAUUAGAAUUACUAAUACUUGAAAUGAUUAAGGAAAGUAAUGACUAUAAAAAUCUUAUUGGAAAAAAAAUUAAAGACAUCUUAGAAACAAUGAAUAUUAAUUAUGAUAAUAAAAUGUUAAUAGAAGUUUUAAGUAGUGGUGAAGAAUAUGUUGGAAUUAAAAAUUUAGCAAACACAUGUUAUGUUAAUAGUAGUCUUCAAGCAUUAUUUCAUUGUAAAUUAUUCAGAGAUGAUGUAAUUAAAGAAAAGUUAGAUAUUGGAAGUAUUUCAACUAUUUUCAAAGAAAUGGCAAGAAAAACACAAGUAAAUAUAUCGGAAUCAAUCCAAAUGUUAACAGACAAACAAAUUAAUAUUGAACAACAAGAUGAUGCAACAUUAAUGUUAAAUAGUAUUAUUAAUAGAAUUAAAACAGGAAAUGAACAAUUAAUAAACCAUCAUUUUAAAAUUGAAAAAGAGUUUAAAAAAGUUUGUCUGUCUUGUAAUAAAGAAGAGGUUGUUAAAGAAAAUUGCUAUUAUUUACAUGUUCAACCAAAUAAUAGUAUUAUAGAAUCCAUAAAUAGUAGUUUAACUGAAUCUAUUGAAGGGUAUUAUUGUGAAAAUUGUCAUAAAAGAGAGAGAACAGAAAGAAAGAGUAAAAUUACUGAAACAAGUAAUUAUUUAAUAGUAGAAAUAAAUAGAACAGAGUAUGAUAGCGUUGGAAGAAGAAAUAAUCAUGAGAUUAAUUUUGACGAAGAAAUUGAAGUUAUACCUGGUGAAAAAAUGAGACUUAUUUGUAUAAUAAAUCAUUAUGGUAAUUUGGAUGGAGGACAUUAUAAUUGUUGGUGUAGAGUUUGUAAAAACAGGUGGUAUAAUUUUAAUGAUUUAAAGGUUGAAGAAAUUAAUGUUGUUGAAAAUUUAUCAUCAAAUAAAGGAGUGGUUGCAAUUUAUUGCAAAGAAAGUAAAGAAGUAUAUGACACAGACAUUAAUGAAACAAUUGAUGUAAAUAGAAUUAUCAAACAGUAUAUUUUAAACAAUAAAGAAGUUAUUUCAAUUAUUGAGAGUUAUAAAACAGAAAGUUGGGCUAAUGAAAUAAAUAAGUUUAGAAUUGAUAUGACAAAAGAAAACAAAACAAAUGAAAUAUAUUAA